UUAGCUGAAUAUAAAUCCAAGUCCUGGGGUCGAGACGCCAUGCCACACCGCGAUCGCGAUGCCGUCGCCAUCCCCUCCGCAGCCGUCGGCAGCUCCACGAAAUCGAUCCAAGUCCAAGGGGAAAUUGACCGUCCAUGUCUCGGUGUUCAACCUGAUGCCGGCGCCGGCGCCGAAGCAGGACUGGGCGGAGGACCUGCCCGUGGACACCGUCGAGCUCCUCAUCGGCGGCGCGGCGGGGGUGUGCCGGUCCUGGCGCCGGGCCGCGCGGGAGGAGCCCGUGCUCUGGCGCCGCAUCGACAUGCGAGACCCGCGCGUGCCGCCCUUCCGCCCGCGGGUCAGCCUCGGCAUCAUGGUGCGCCAAGCCCUGCGGCUCAGCGCCGGCCAGUGCGAGGGUUUCUAUUGCGGCGAGUACCUCCACGACCAAGUCCUCCUCUGCCUCGCGGAGCAAGCUUUUACAGUGUUUUUAUAAUACGGCUAUGAUUGAACUUGUCGCGGGAGUAUGCACACGGCUAAAGCACUUCAGAUAUGUUCCUAGAUAUAUGAAAGCAACGUGCGUUUGUUGUGGCCUUUCUAGUGAUGAUGAAUUAUAUGCCGACGACGGUGUAGCCUUUGCAAUUGCAAGGAUGCAUGAGCUAUGAUCAUUACAUGUUAUCGGUGACAAUCUCAGCAAUAAAGGGCUUGCAACAAUCCUUGACAACUGCCACCACCUGGAGUACCUUAACUUGCUCGAUUGCAGAAAUAUCAACAUGGUAAAGACAACUUAGUGGAAAAGUGUGCCGGGGUUUACAUGGAUGGUUAUGACUACUUUGAGUACUUUCCGCCUGGAAGAUUCUAUAGUGAUGACCAGUGGCGGAGGCAGGAAAAAUAUAUAGGGAGGGCUAGAAUAGAAGGAUGAUUUAUUAGGAGGGUCAAAGCAUAAGAAUAUGAAGCUGAUAUGGUCAAAUUGCAAAGAUUAUGCAGGCAUUGAAGUAGAAAUACGAAAUCAUAGAGGGGGCCAGGGCCAGGGCUGGCCUGGUCCCUGCCUCCGCCCCUGGUGAUGACGAUGCUUUUAUCAUUACUUCACACUCGGAUUUUGGGGAUGAUGAGGUUUUCAAUUUUUACUGCCUUGCCGGUGAUGUUGAUGACCUUGAGCUUGAAGAGGCUGAGAGGAUUCUUGACUACAAGAGCAUGCGUAGGUACCUGAGCUAUUAAACCAGUGUACACAUCUUGAUGUUUUGAUGGAGCUGUGCCUGGAUGUUUGCGGCCUUCUCAAGUGAAUGAUGGCUGCUGGUGUUUAAUCUGUUGCUACAAAUUUGCGACACUUGAGUUCUCUGGUUUGAGGAUCUGCCUUUCUUCUUAUAGUUUGGUACUUAAUCAUAUAGAUGUCCCCAGCCCUUUGGUUUACUUGAACCUGUUAAGGUGGCAAAGCUGGUGCCUGAAAUAAGAACAGCUAGCACAAUGUGAUGAUCCACAUGUUCGAAGUGCUUCUGUAAGUUCCCUUAAAAAAGUGCUUUUGUAAGAUGUUCCUGAAUGAGGUUAUGGACAAAAUACUGUGAUCAAGGUUCAUGAUUGGUGUUUGUCAAGUUAAGACAUGGUGAUUGCCUUC